UGACAUAUUUGACAGACGGCUCGACCUGACAUCUGACAUACGGUUUUAUCUUCAUCAUCUUCGAUUUUUAUUAUUAUAUGAAAAUAAUCUAAAAUAUGUCUCAUUUUAUCUAUUAAACUAAUAAAAACAAUGACUUACGUUAGUUUUUAGGCAGUGAAAGUACAAGAGAAGAAGCAGCAAUGGCCGCUGAAGGAAAGGUGAUGGGUCGCAGAUUUGUGCUAACCCUGGUGAUUGGGAUCUCGGCCGGAUUUAGUUUCGCGUACAUACUGUUAACGUCGACCGGAUCCUCGCCGUACAGGGACUUCGACAAGCACCCAAUCAUGGAGGUCCAAGACCACAGAUUCGACGAGCCAGCCCACAGAGACGAGGACCGGACCGAGGCCGACGAAUUGUCAAAGAAGGUCCGGGUUCUCUGUUGGAUCAUGACGCAGCCCAGCAACCACGAGAAGAAGGCGCGGCAUGUCAAGGCGACUUGGGGAAAGCGGUGCAAUAAGCUCAUCUUUAUGAGCUCGCAGGAAGACCCAAAUCUCCCGACGGUGAAGCUGCCAGUGCAAGAAGGGCGCGAUUAUCUCUGGGCCAAGACGAAGGAGGCCUUUCGAUACGUUUACGAACACCACAGGAGAGAUGCCGACUGGUUCCUUAAGGCCGACGAUGAUACAUAUGUAGUAGUAGAAAAUUUGCGAUACAUGUUGUCAGAGUACAACAGUAAUGACCCGGUGUACUUUGGCUGCCGGUUCAAACCAUUCACUUCACAGGGUUACAUGAGCGGUGGGGCGGGCUACGUGCUGAGUCGAGAGGCGCUGGACCUGUUCGUGAACAAGGGGCUGCCGUCGCCACAUCUCUGCAAGGCCAGCGAGCACGGCGCUGAGGAUGCCGAGAUGGGUAUUUGUCUAGAAAGGAUCGGCGUGAAGGCCGCUGAUAGCCGGGACAGCCUGGGCCGCGGUCGGUUCUUCCCGUUCAUGCCGCGGGACCAUCUGUUCCCCAACAAGGACAAGGGCUUCUGGUAUUGGAAAUACAUCUACUACCCUUCAGAUGAGGGCCUGGACUGCUGUUCAGACCACGCCAUCUCCUUCCACUACGUGAACCCUCAAGAGAUGUACAUAUUAGACUACUUAAUCUACCACCUCAGGCCAUACGGCAUCAAAUACGGCGUCAGCGACGCCAAAACUAGUGCAAGUGUAGUAGGCAGUAAUGAAACUAAACAAGGUAGUCAGUAGUUUAACCUAAGAAUAAAGUACAGUCGGCAUCAAUAAUAGUGUAUAGAACACCGCGCCAGAAGUAGCUGCCAUCAUGUAAUAUUUUAUACGGAGAUACAUCUCUACAGGUCUAUUAUGUAUGCCACACUAAUUGUUUUACAUACUGAGACACACCUAUCUAAAGAUAUAUAGUAGUUUAAGUGACUAUUACAUAAUGAAAGGCAUUAAAUCCGAGCGUGGGAUUACGAAAACCGUAAGUUGCAUGUCGGCUCGUUUCCAAAUAAUGUUUUUGUAGUCUUAUCCGCUUCUUGGUAUGUAAAAAAAUGUAUUGUUGAUUAAUUGUGAAAGAAAAGAUAUGCCUUUUUUAUGACAAAAAAUCAAAACAGAUUUUUAUGAUUAUUCUUUUCGCUGGGCUCAUUUUGCAAUCUUUAUAAUACAUGCGAUGUGCGAAGUAGUUCUACUAGAAAUCGUGCAUACAUUUUUAACCAUUACUCAAAGGAAUAUAGUGAAAAAAGUAUCAUAGUUUGACUGUAUAUAUACGUCUAACUAUAAUUAGUGACGUGUUCAGUGUUGGUAGAACUAUUUAGAAGGUAUCUUUUAUUUGCCACACAAAAAGAACGCACGGAACUCGCAUUCAGUGAAUAUAGACUUGUCUGCUGAUCUCAUACGUAGAUACCGAUAUUAAUAAAUCAAAUAUAUUAGUCUUAUGUGAUACUACAUAAUAUAUACGUCUCUUUCGUACUAAAAGGUUAAAUUGAUAUUAAAUUAGGUAGGUACAUAAUUAGGUUAGUAAAUUCUGUUAACUUUGGAUACUCGAGAAUAUUGAACGGACAUAAAAUAUCAUAUAACGUGACGGAAUAUUAGACAAUAAUAGUUAUUAUAGUAUAUAUUGUGCAUAAAACAUAUUGGAAUGACAAUUUCUAUUUUAAGUUCAAGUUCCCUGAUCAUUCUAAGUUGACAGAAUUUAUAGUAUUUGUAACAAUAAUAAUUAAACAUAUACCAAAGGCCUGUGGGUCAGUCAAUAAUAUUAAAUUAAUACGUUUCUAUAUUGUAUAUUAAUGUCAUCUGUCUUGUAUAUUUUGAGUUUUGAUAUUAUUUUAUCGUGUUAUUUGAAUUUGUAUAUUUGGAUGUAUAACUUAUGGACUAUUUAUAAUUUUAAUUAUGUAAGCAAAAUCGUGUUAAUAUAUAGGUAUGUAUAAUAGAUUUAAAUUAUACAAAAAAUAUAUAGAUAUAAUAUGUGUUGACGAAAUAAAUUCUGAAAAAGACACAAGGAAUAUAGCUAACUAAUUGAUCUAUAAACAGUUAUAUUUCUGUCUGUUUUGGAAUUUAUUUCAGUCUUAAAUAACGAGGAGAUAAAAAUAAUCUGGUAAAGCUACAUUUAUGCAAGCCUUAACAGGUAACACUGACUCUUGAAAUCGAAGUUGCCAGUUUAGUAAAAUUGUAAUGUAUAAUAAUAACGUUGGUAGUGUUACAAUUUCAUUUAGAACACAAAAUUAAUGUGUCUGAACAGACCAUAAUAUUGGAACUAGUAAUAAAUACUAAGCUUAGCCUAUAAUAAUAUUCUUAGUGUAAACAUUUAUAAUGUAGUGACAUCGUUUCUCGCGCCAGGGUCAUAUGGAGCAUUUAAAUCGUUAAUGUCCAUGCAUUUAUAUGUAAUUUUGUAAAAGUUAUUAUUUUGGCUCAUUAUUUACGAUACAUCUAUUCGCGUAAUGUUGUUGGCAUUGGCACCUACAACACGCUUAGUUUAAUUUCUUAGCGGAUAAAAUCCUGCAAAGAGCGGGUGCCAAUAACUGGCAUAUUAUGCCAAUUAUUAUACUCUGUAUCUUUAGGUAUUUAAAUAAAAGUAAACAAACAAUUUGUACAUUUUCGGGUAGUUAUAACAUUUAUUGGUUAACCAACCAAAUACAAAACCGCCUGGAUAUGUCACUGAACGACUUGACUUUAACCUACAUUAUUUGAUCAUGGCAUGUUUUCCUCUACCCUCAACUGGCUUAAGGAGCCAUUUGAGGGUAGAUCUUGUUUACUUUUAUUUAAAUACCUAAAGGUACAGUAGAUUUUAACCUACUUUAUAAACUGAUGCAUAUUUUUAAGUUUUAACCGCCCUGUGCAUAGACCACCAUUAGGCUGAUAUUUUUUAUCUAAACCAAAUACCUAUACGCUGAAAAUUCAUGCUUCGAAAUUGCACUAAGGGUUAGCAAGGGCGGGUAUUACCGAAAUAAAAUAUUUAGUGAGACUAAAAAUAGCCCUCAAUUGUACUUGGAGGAUUUAACAACUUGAGUCGCCUUUAAGAGCCUACCUCUCUGUCGAAAAGCUAGGCCAAUGGUCAUGUGUAUUGUAUGGACUGACGUUUAUCUGACAUGGCUUUUUGUACGUUACGUACAAAUCGGCAGAUUGUUUUGUACAGAAAAUUACAGCCAAGGCGUCUCCAUAAGUUAAAUCCUCCAAGAACCUGUACGUCAUAUUAGAUCACGUAUUAUAAUAGAAAUGCCAGUAUAAUAUAAGAUACAAAAUAGAUAAGGUUUUCUACUAGUCUUUCUAAGUAAUCGAGAUUACCAAAGAAUAUUUAGAUGUAAGUUUCGUCAUUUUAGAGGUUCCUUUUUAUACAUACUGCUAGACUAAAAUCUGAUUCAUAAUAAUUGUAUUUAUUCCUUUCGUAAUAAAAUUGGAUAUAACAUUGUGUCAAGUUCAAUAACAUUUGGCUUUGCAAUGAUAUUGAAGAAAAAUCUAUUCUCUGAUUAAUUUUGUAGUGCCAAUACAAUAUGACACAAAAACUGUAAUUGGAUAAAAUAUUCUUAGUCCACAAAUCAACGGCUUGUAUGUAAUAUCGCCCUAGUUAUUGACGAUACUCUGUAUUUUAUUAAAAAAUAUGUAACUUUGGCUUAAAUCAAGUUUAAAUUCUUUACUUUACGUUUAGUCAGCAGCGAAAGUAGCCAAGCGGGUGACAUGUUCAAAUCAAUCUCCACAAGUUUUUAUUAUCUUAACAAAGUUGUGUUUAGAUUAUUUUGAACACCUAGCCUGCGUACCAACUUCAGUUGUAGAUCCUUUUUCUACAUAACAAAUAAAAGCGCCUGCUGCGACUGUCAGAAAGCAACCCUGCCCUACGUAUAACAGCCAUUAUCUUUUGACAUGCAAUAGUCAACUUUAUUCGAAUGCAUUAAAGUUCCUUUUAUACUGGAACCUUUGUCGGCAAUUGCUGACUGUGGCGGUCAAAGGAUGAAGAAAAGGAAUUCAAUUCUCAAGCAAAUACUUCCAAAUUAACAUUUUGGAUGCCAAUGAAUAUAAUAGAAUAUCAUUUAUUUCAGUAUAAGUACACAGUUAUACAAUACAUACAGAGAAAGAAAGAGAAAAUAAAAUACUUCUAAGUUGUACACUGUAUAUAAUUAUGCUGAAAUAGGUGAACACUCGGCAUAAUGCCAAGUCCUACUGAAGUUGUACGCUGACGCUGGUCUUCCGUGGUCACUGUAGACAAACCUGUAUGACGGAUAUAUCCGAACCGUAGGUCCAACGCCAAAGACGAAUUAAUCCGUCACAGACAGCAACAUCGACCUACGUGUAUAUACAUAAAGUUCAACUUCAGUUUUGACACUUCGAUGACGUGGCGUCUGCGUGACAGCUUUUGUGUUUGACACGGCGUCCAAAAGGUUAAAACUUUUUGGCUGUAACGGCUAUUAUGCGUGAUGGGACAGAGUAACGAAAGUCAACUUUCUUAUUUUUUUCUAAUGUGUGUCCUACGUCAAUUUUGUUAAACAGCUCAAUUUGUUAUUAAACCAGAUACACUGUUGGAAUCAGAGUUCCCAGUGAUCAUGUGAUUAUAAGAAAA